CUCGGAGCACACACAGCUCACUCUCUCUGAUGUGUGAAAGAACACAAUACAUUUCUGCGCGGAUCACUUAAUGGUUGGAGAAAAUGUCCCUGGAAGCAGUAACAGAACCCGGCAAGUGCUCUAUAGAUCCUAAUACUAAAGACUUGCUGGCAUCCCAGCAUGCUGGCAACAAUACGCCUUUACAGGAAAACAGCUCUGCCCCCAGGAGCGAGUGCAAGGCACAGGAUGCAAUGUCCAAGCGGCAAAUGAAGAAAUUUCUGAAACAGAAGCAAUGGGAGGACCAAAGAGAGCUCAGGAAGCAGAAGCGGAAGGAAAAGCGCCAAAAGCGCAAACUGGAGCGCCAGGCUCAGGCAGAGCACAAUAUUGAUGCUAACAGUAGAAAACGAUUCCGCCAUGAAGUUCAGCCCAGUGCACUCCGCUUGAUUAUAGACUGCAGUUUUGAUGACCUAAUGGCAUUACGAGAUGUUAAAAAGCUAAACAAGCAAAUUAGAAGAUGCUAUGCAGAAAAUCGCCGGGCGGUCCAUCCUGUUCAGCUCUAUUUGACCAGCCAUGGCGGUCAGCUGAAAAGUAACAUGGAUGAAUAUGACAAAGGAUGGAUCAACUGGAAGGAUAUCCAUAUUAAGCCAGAACAUUACAAAGACCUCAUAAAGAAGGAAGACCUUGUUUAUCUUACCUCGGACUCCCCAGAAGUACUGAGCGAGCUUGAUGAGACUAAAGCUUACAUCAUUGGGGGCCUGGUAGACCACAAUCAUCACAAGGGUAUCACGUACAAGAAAGCUUUGGAACUUGGGAUCAGUCAUGCGCAGCUGCCACUAGGGAAUUUUGUGAAAAUGAACACUCGCAAAGUACUGGCAGUCAAUCAUGUUUUUGAGAUCAUACUUGCCUUUCUGGAAAAGAAAGAAUGGAAGGAAGCUUUUUUUAGUGUUCUGCCCCAGCGCAAGGGUGCGAUACCUCUUACUGAAACUGGCGAGCAGCCUGAAUGCAGAGCCUCCGAGCAAGAAGAUGGAGAGGAUUCCGACAGUGACUCAAGCAUAGAUGAAAGUGCCACGAUACAGCCCAGUGUCAGAUGUGAAGAACAGAACAGCUGACAUACAGAUAACUUGGAUUUUUUUUCAAUUUGAAGUUGUGUUGGGACUGGCUACUAAAUACCAGAUGUCUAAAAAAACACAGUUCUAUUGAAAUGGGCUCUCCGUCUCUCCUUGGAAAGGAGAAAUCCCAUCACAAGCUUACAAUCUGUUUGCCAUGGUUGGCUUUUCAUUCCUGAGUUGUGUUGCUGUUGUUGAACAUAUGGAUUCUUUAUGGAACCCAUUUACUUUUAUCUAAUUAAAACUUGUGAAAACCAA